UGGCUGCUGUUUGUUUUCAUCCAAACGGGCGGCGCAACACUAUUAAAGUAACUCGCUCUGUUGGGUUGGUAGCUCAUUCAAACACAUUACCAAGAGAAACGUUUUAUAUAUAAAUGCUACAUCAGCCAUAUGAACGACAGCGAAUUAAAUGUACUUGCUACAUCAACUGUGUUUAGAGCAGCAGUACUGCGUUGUUGAACAUUUGCUUCGGUCUAAGCUGAACCUGCAACAUGGAAGCAGAUGUCGAGUUUUUGCGUGAUCAAGUCCACAGGCUUAACUCUGCUCUGAGCCAGUAUCAGCCUGGGGAACAUGCUCAAAUCAAACCAACUGAGAUUGAAGGGGAACAGAAGACUGAUUUUGCUUCUCCCUGGCUCUCAAAUAAAAGUGUAAUGGCUCCAUUGAUUGCUCAGUAUGAUCGGCACAUUGAUGAGAUGUGUGAACAGCUGCAGAAAUACCAGGCGUCCAUGACCGAUGUCAAAGCCAAAUUGGAAAGUGUUGUCCAAGAGAACGAGAGACUUCAUGCAGAACUGAGGGAAUCAGUGGAGAAACAGCUUGAGUCACCCUCCAAGACGACUGCAGUGGAGUUGAGCACAGUGGAGGAUGAAGCAGUCAUUCAAAACCUCCAAGAACAAGUCAAGCUGUCUGAACAGGAGCGGAUGCAGGCCAUGGAGUUGUGGCAGACUGCAGUACUGGAGCUUGAUCAACUCCAGGAGUUCUACCAAAAGAGUCUCACUGAUGGACAGAAUGCUGAUGCUAAGGAACAGCAGCUCAAGGAUCGGAUUGUGCAGUGCCACCAGAGCUCACACAAACUCCAAGGGUCCAACCAGGAACUACAGAUGACCAACCAGCAACUUGUGAAGACUGUGACUGAGCAGAGCACAGAGAUUGAAGGACUACAUAGCCAGCUCAGAUUGAGCAAAGCUGAUCUUAGAACUGCCACAGGCAAAGUGGAAGAGUUGACCAAACAGCUGCAAGUUUUUCAGCACCAACUAAAGAGACAGGAGGAAGAUGUGGUUGCGGCUCAAAGACGAGAAGAAGCAGCACAGAGACGAAUCCAACAGCUUCAGUCAACCAUCAGCCAGCAAGAAGCAAGGCUCAAAACAACGUCUCGGGAGGCAGUGGGUGUUCGAGGAGAGCAAACCGUGUUGGAGAAAACAGCAGGCAGCCUUAAGGCCCGAUGUGCUACUUUGGAACAGGAGAAAUAUGAGGCUCUUGAUAAAGUCCGAGAGAGUGUGCAGGUGGCUGAGGAAGCAGUGCUGCAGAAAAAUGAGGCGGUGCUAAAAGAGAAGCAAAUGAUAGAAGAGCUCGAGACAACAAAGAAAGUAAUCCAACAGCUGAUCCACGAUGCUGCUGUGCGCACCAGAAAAGAGGUGGAUAACGUACGCAAGCAGUGCAACAUUGAACUCCGUGGAAUGGCUGAGGAGCUGUCUUUAUUGCAAUUGGAAUGUGCAGAAAAAGAAUCUCUGAUCGAGAGGUUGAAGCGAGAGAGGAAAUUGCUAGAGGAGGAACUAUCCAAGGUGGUAAAGGAGUGCCAGGCAGAACCACAAGUUGGCAAAAUGGAUGCUCUUCAUCAGAGGUGUCUGAAUGCAGAGAGGAUGAAGGACGAAGUUAGCAUCACUUUGCGAAGUACCCAAAGCAAACUCAAGAAGAUGCAACUGGAACACAAUGAGGAGUUGUCCCGCGGCCAGGAGGAAGUGCAGCGACUACAGGGUUGUUUGGCUGCAGCCCGGGAGGACUGUGUCAAAAUCAGCGAUGAGCGCCUCCAGUUGCAGCAGGAGAACCUGCAGCUCCAAAGGAAAAUGGAUGAUCUGCGAAAAACCUCCAUGCUGGUUCACAAGAAGGCCAAACAACAGGUUUGUCAGAUGGAUCAAGAGUACAGCGUGAAGGAGAAGACGCUUAAAGCACAGAUGAUUGACUUGGAGGAGAGCAGUCGCAACUCAUACGCUGACUUGAUGCGUCUUCUCACAGCCCAGCAGAAAAGUAUUCAGCGCUGGAAAGACGAGGCAAAGAACAUGGCGCAGACCUUUGAAAAUAAAAUCAAAACUAUGAAGGCAGAGCUGAGUCAGUACAAGCAACGCUGCCAUGAGUUAGAUUUGCAGCUGGGAAAUAAACACGACACAAUAGCAGAGUUCGAGAGGCAAUUGGCAGAAUACCAGGACAAAGCUCAUCGCCUCCAAAGACAACUCAUUCAGGUGGAGCAACGUGCAAGUUUGUCUUCACAUCAGAUUACAGUUAUGGCAUCGAAGCAAAGAAAAAUGGACUUCAGUGACUCAAAGACUAAAGACCAAGAUUAAUGGAAGCCUUUAGUAUCAUUUGUAUGUAUAAAUAUAUAUUUUUUAUCUGUUUAAUUUAGGGCAGCACGGUGGAAGAGGGGUUAGUGUGUCUGCCUCGCAAUACGAAGGUCCUGAGUAGUAGUGAGUUCAAUCCCAGCCUCGGGAUCUUUCUGUGUGGAGUUUGCAUGUCCUCCCCGUGACUGCGUGGGUUCCCCCCGGGUACUCCGGCUUCCUCCCACCUCCAAAAACAUGCACCUGGGGAUAGGUUGAUUGGCAACACUAAAUUGGCCCUAGUGUGUGAAUGUGAGUGUGAAUGUUGUCUGUCUAUCUGUGUUGGCCCUUCGAUGAGGUGGCGACUCGUCCAGGGUGUACUCCGCCUUCCGCCCGAAUGCAGCUGAGAUAGGCUCCAGCGCCCCCCGCGACCCCGAAGGGUAUAAGCGGUAGAAAAUGGAUGGAUGGAUGGAUGGAUGUGUUUAAUUUAAUGGCAACAGGUUACAGUUAUGUUGACUAUUAGUCUAUAAUGUACAUGAUCUCAUGUUAGAUGAAAGUACUGUACUACAAUAUCACUGCUGGGAUACAUCGUUUUCAUUAAGUACUUUC